CCUCACUCAGCAGCAGCAACAGACACACACGAAGGAAUUGUUUUGAAGUGACUUCCAACAAAAGGUAAAAUGCAGAUUCCAUGGUCGCCUCUUCUAGCUCUCCUACUCGGCUGCUACCUCUCAGGAAGCCAAGCCAACCGAGUCUACGUUCACCCAUUCCAUCUUUUUGCCACUGAGAAUGUCAGCUGUGAGACCCUGCAGACGCAAACGUCCAAGCCUCUACAGACACUCCCUGUGGCCCCCCUUGAUAUUGAUGUCCUGACACCAGACAACAGGGACCCGUCAAAACUGGAUGCCCAAAGGCAGAACAUCACAGAGAGGACGGCGGUUCUGGCAGAGCUGUUGAACUCUCUGGGCCUGAGGAUGUACCAGGCUCUCAGCAGCAAGCAGCUCAGCACCAACACCCUUCUCUCUCCAGUCAACACCUUCGGAUCCCUUGUCACCUUCUACCUGGGAGCAUCCAAGAAAACAGCGAGCUCGUUCCAGCUUCUACUGGGCCUGAGCAGCGGCACCGACCGAGAGGACUGUGUGUCCUUAGUGGACGGACACAAGGUUCUCAAGACUCUGCAGAGCAUUAACUCUCUGGUGGACGAUGGACCGAAAGAUGAGAUCACCACCCAGGUCUGGACCUUCACUCGCAAGGAUGCUCAACUAUCCGAGGACUUUAUUCAAGGCACACAGGACUUCUCAUACACAUCGUUCAUCCGCGGGGUGGACUUCUCCAAACCUCAGGAGGCCAAGCAGCUGGUGAACAGCUUUGUGGAGAAGACGUCAGACGGGAAGGUGAAGAGCGUCUUCAAAGAUUUGAACUCCAGCAGCGACCUUCUGUUCAUUACUUCCUUCAGCUUCCAUGGCAACUGGAGGACAGCCUUCAAACCAGAGCAAACCUCCAUGCAGGAGUUUCAUGUGGAUGGAACAACCACAGUGAUGGCUCCACUGAUGACCCACACGGGUCAGUAUCACUACCUGAAUGAUAAGGUACGGCGGUGCACAGUUGUGAAGCUGUCUCUGAGCAAGCGGACCUAUAUGUUGCUGGUCCUGCCUCAUGAAGGGGCCAGCCUCCAUGAUAUAGAGUCUAAGCUGCGCACUGAUAUCAUGUCUGACUGGCACCAGAGCCUCCAGGAAGGUCUGUUGGAGCUGUCACUCCCAAAGUUCUCUAUGUCUUCGGUGACUGAUCUGCCUGACCUGCUGACCAACAUGGAUCCAGAAAUUGAGGCCAAACUGUUGGGCUCCCAGGCUGAGUUCAGCCAACUCAGCAACGUCAAACCCUUCACUAUAGAUAAGGUGGUCAACAAGGUUGUGUUUGAGAUGUCAGAUGAAGGAGCAGAACCUCAGGACAAGAUCCAGGAAGCCGGCGUCCCGCUGAAACUGUCCAUCAACCGGCCGUUCUUCUUUUCAGUCAUAGAAGGAGAUUCUAACGCCAUCCUCAUGCUGGGCAAGAUCACCAACCCUACACUCUAAAGUUAUAGUACUUAUAGUAACCAACAAACUCCUCUGACAUGAAAAAUGUCCUACAAACCAGGCCCGUUUCUUUACAACGUACUUCACCGCAUACAACUUAAGUUUCUUAAGGUGCUGAAAUCAGUCGUUCAACAGACAUCUCAUUUAGAUCAUACCCUUGUUUUUUUUAACUGAAAUAAUGGCCCCAUUCUGUACAUGAGAGUGAAGCACAACCUCGCUCAAGAAGGAUCAAUAUUCAACAGUGUUGUAGUAUCUUUCACCACCUAGCUGAUCUCUCCACAAACUCAGGAGUCACUGGGGAUCCCUGUCUCAGUAUUUAUGAAAACAUGUUACUUUAAGCAAAGUUGUUUUCAAGCAGCCUGUUAAAAUCCUAAUUUUCUUUUCUGUAGAAUUUAUUAUAGCACUGUUCUGUACAGUAUUUUUCAGUAGAGUAGGUACAGUAACCACGAUUCUCUAUGAUGACCAUGACUAAUGAUAUUGUAUAUUGUAACUAAGAGUUUAUUUUUGUUUUGUUACGAUUUGUGAUUGCUGCAAUAAAACUGUAUCCCAAUUUAGUUCAAAUGUUAUUGUUUUUCAUCAGGAUUUCAGACAAAGUAAUUAUUAUUUCAAAUCUUUAAAUUAGUUUUAUAUUAAUAUUCGUCACCAACUAAACUUUUCUGGUUAGGAAUUAUGCUAAAUGUAUUGCUGACAGUUAUUUUGGCAAUGAUCUUGUCAACUACUGCACAUCAACCAAUUUUUUAGACAGCAAAACAUAAAAAUUUUAUUUCUCAGAUAAUAAAUCACAUUUUUCUUGUCCUGUUUCCAAAAUCUUGCCUCUCAUGCUUACUUCCAUAUAUUCUGUGCAUAAAAACAAUAUUAAUGACAAAUAAUGCAGUGUCCUUCUCCCACCAUCAACUUUGCAACUAAACCAAAGAAUUAACAGAUAACUCAUUUCAAAUAAAUGACUAAUAACAGAACUGACCAUCACUGAUUGACAUAAAACAAUUUAGUCAGUGGUAGAAGAAGUAUUUACAUCCAAGUACUACUACCACACUGUGAAAAUAAUGCACUACAAGUCCUGCAUUCAAAACCUUACUUAAAUAAAAGUAUGUAAGUAUUAUCAGAAAAAUUUACUCAUUGUGCAGUAAAAUGGUCUCUGUCAGUAUUUUAUCAUUACUGUGUUUAUACAAUGUUUUUGGAAAAAUUUAAUGCGUAUGUGCAUUAUGUUUUACUGCUGUAGAUGUUUACUGUUGGGUAGUUUAACCUACAGCAAUCAUCAUAUUCUAUAAGAUCAUACCUUUGUAGCAUUGCUGUCCUGCAAGAACCACGGAUCUCUAAAAAGUAAACUUUCCAUGAGCUCAGAAAAACAGCCCUGUUUUCAGCUUUGUCACAAUGCAUAUUUAUAUCAGUUUUUUUGUUUAAGAAGUAAGAGAAUUUUCUCAACCCAUAACGGUCAGCACAUUUGAAGAUACAUGGUUUUCACUGGACAAGAAGGGUAUGAAAAUUUGUAAUUCUGAAAAGAAACUUGUAACUAAAGCUUUCAGACAAAUGUAGUGGAGAAAAAGUACAGCAUUAUAGUAGUAUGAAGUUGCAGUAUUAGUGUGUACUGAAUGUUGAGUAGAUAUUAAAAUCAAUGUACUACCUUUAACAAAAACCCAAAUCUGUCUUUUUUGUAAUGUAGCCAUCUGCAAAUCCAAAAAAUAAAGAUUUUAUCAUG